AUGACCGAAGCAGUAGCCCUAAAGCACAACGACACACAGAAAAAGCUUACCCAGCGGGCGAGGAAUAGAGAAGCGCAAGCCCGUCGCCGGACAACGUCAAAGGCCAACGAGGAUACCAUCACGGUCUUGAGAUGGGGUUUACGGGAAAUCGCUCGUGCCACCUGUCAAGGGGAUUUUAUCCAUGUCCAGACUAUCUUGAGGAGCUUGGAUCCAUCGCUCAUGAGUCCUGACCCAGGAUCGGUGGCUCCAAGUUUGCAAUGGUGCGACAGUUUCCCUGAUACCACAAGUGCCUGGGGGGCUUCUUCUUCGCUACUUGGCACAGCCGAUUUUAAUCUUCCUUUAUCACCUUUCACAAAUUUUGGGACAAUUGGUCAAGAACGGCCCUAUCAAAUGGUCUCAGAAGUUGAGGGCUGGAGCCCGUCGACAAAUAUCAACCAGGUUGCUGGCACCAUAACUGCUCUCAACUGA